AUGGGUGUUAAGAGCAAGGCUGCUGUAGCUAUCGUAGUCCUGCUGCUGUUCCUGGGCUCCCUGUGGCUCCAGGGAGGUUUGGAUUACCACUGGGACGCUUGUUUAAAAGGUUAUAACCAGCAGAAUAAGCCUCACCAGCUGCACAACAGCAGUGGGGUCGAUGGGGCCCAGGUCCCGCAGGUCCUGGAGGGGUGCCCUGGUCAGACUUUCCAGGUGUCACGACUGGUCACCCACCUGCACGCUGCAACGGCCUACGCCUCGGACGUGCUGCUGCAGCCGUAUCUGUCCAGCUGGGACGAGCUUGUGAGGUUUAUGGAAGCUCUGGGCCCGAUGGUGGGACUGAUAUCCAAAGAGAUAGAAAGCAAGACCUCUGUAAUCCGCCAACUGGCCCUGCAGGCAGAAAAGAACCCUGAAGCGGAGCUGGACUCAGAUGUCCACUCAGUAAACACUGUGAGCACAGAGGCCGGGACUGAGAAUAAUGUGGAGUCCUCACAACACACUGGUGCCUACCACUCUGUGCGCUCCAUGAUCUGGGCGGAGCUGGACCAAGGAGUGGUGAACUUCCAGCACCACACGGAUUCUGGAUGCCGGACUCUCCUGCGUCUGCAUCGCGCUCUGCUCUGGCUGAAGCUCUUCCUGGAGAAGCUGGCUGAGACGCCAGUGGCCGGCCGGCUCAGGAGCCCCUCGGAGCUGUGUCGUGAGGCCUACCAGAGCACCCUCGCCAACCACCACACCUGGUUCGUCCGCAGGGCCGCAGAGCUGGCCUUCAUUGCCAUGCCAGAGAGGGCCUUCUUCUUCAGGCUGGUGUGCGUGCAGGACCAGGAGGAUCUGAGCCGAGUGCUGAACAAAGUGGUUCAGGCUAUUGGAGAGGUUUAUGACAGGACGCAGAAAGCUCUGGAGGAGAAUGGCAUGCUGGAUUUGCCAUAG